GAGCAACAAAAAGGAAAAGGAAUAUUAUAAACUAGUACAGAGAGCAGGAAAAGAAAAAACUAAAAAGGAGAUCAAAUGGUAAAGGGCUGCUUUCAGAGUUGAGAGGAUCAUAAAAUGAAUAAAUGACACAAAGGCCGAGAGGUAAAAAGGAGAGAGAGAAGACUGUGGAGGUUUAGGGACACAAAUUAUCAGUAGUGCACAAAUCCAGAGAAGAUGAAAAGUUGUUUUGUUGGCCUGCUAGUUUAAGUACAACCAAAAAUACCUAAAAAUAAGGGAAAAGCUUUGCAUUGCUUUGCUGCUAGUGCUACUACGAUCAUUAAGAAUCAUCAUCUCUCACCAAUAAUUUUUUGAAGGUUUUCUGGCACUCCAACCCCUUGUGUGAUGCAAUUAUUGCUCAAUAUCUGCAAUUUAAGGUAGGUGGCUUUGUUGGGUUGCAGUUGUAAGAACAGAGUUUUUUCUUUGUGUGUGUGUGUGUAGUGCCAAGCAUGGAGGUCGGGUUGAUGCAGAGACAAUGGGUUGAGUACACAAAGUCGUUAUUCUUGGAGGAUUUCUUGGACAGUCAGUUUAUAGAGCUGCAGAAACUGCAAGAUGAGGGCAACCCAGAUUUCAUUGUUGAAGUGGUGUCACUUUUCUUUGAGGAUUCCGAGAGGCUUCUCAAUGAUCUCACCGCAGCUGAUCAACCUGAUGUGGACUUUCAAAAGAUUGAUGGCCAUGUUCACCAGCUUAAAGGAAGCAGUUCGAGCAUAGGUGCACAGAGAGUUAAAAAUGUCUGUAUUGCCAUGCGCAGCUUCUGUGAGGAACAGAACAUUGAUGGGUGCCUGAGAUGUCUGCAACAAUUGAAGCAAGAGACCUGCCUUGUGAAAAACAAGCUUGAGAAUCUAUUCAGGAUGGAGCAACAAAUUGUGGCUGCCGGUGGGUCAAUCCCUGCAACAGAAUUGAUAUUCUAAGUUGAACCUAAGAGGAUACUUCUUAGAGUCACAGUUGAUGGGAAUGUUGUUUUUCCAUUUUCUUGGGGUCCUUGUGAAAUUAUUGUUCUUCUGUUUGAUGAGACCUGUAUGAAAGUUUAAUGUGUGAGGAAGUAUUUCUUUGAAUAGGAGUGAGGAAGUAUUUCCUAAACCAUUCCACUUUCCUGUGUGACGUCAAUACUAAAAGAAGGUUGUAUUUAAGAUUCCGAUGGAGUUCCACAUUGUGAACAAGACUAGGAUUGGCUUGUGUUUAUAAAUAUUUGAGGACUCUUCAUUUUCAAGUUGAUUUUAAAGGUAGGUAAAAGCUCUACCAA